AUGGAUCCGUCGAGUGUGGAGGAUUUAUCUGAAAAUUGCAGGAUAUGCCUUGAACGAGUUGUGCGUUUAGAUCAAGUAAAGUCGAAGCAAUUACUUUACCUCAAAGAAGGUAUUUCCACCGAUGGCGCUGCGAUGUGUUCGAGCUGCGCCGAUAAAUCGCGAAAAUUGGUCGAUUUCAAGGCGGAGGCGUUGAAGAAUUUCAAUUUUUUGAAAAACUACCGCAGGAAUUCCGGCGUAAUGUCGCCUGUCGAUAUCGUUAAGUUGGAGGCUGAUAAUGUAUGUUUGUUUUGCUUGAAUCCUUCGGACAAAUCGAGAUUCAAAGAUUGUACUUUGGAGAUAAUUGAGAAAUACAUGCCGGAAAUCACUUUAUCUUCAAUACCUCAUCCAUUCAUUUGCGGUACAUGCGAAGAAGAUUUAAAGCAAUUAGUCAAUUUCUUUGGUUCUUGUCAAGACUCUGGUAAUAAAAUCGGUGAAAAUAUAGAAAUUUUCGAAAAAACUGAAGCGCAAAUUAAAAUGGAAACUGAUUUAUCAAUGGUCAAAGAGGAAAACUGCGUGAAUAUUAAACAAGAAGUCGAUUGUUACUUCGAAGAAAUAGAAGCCCUAUCGCCUCAUCCGGAUAUCAAGAUAGAAAUGGAAGAGGACGAAGAAACCGAAGAAGCUACUGAAAGCAUCCCGCAGGAAACCCCUUCCAAAACAUUCUCCUGCCCGUACUGCAGCUACCGGAACCACCGGCGCUCCAACUUGGCGUCCCAUUUGCUCGUGCACGAGAAAUCGGCCGGCGGCUCGCCGAUGUUCUCCUGCGACGCGUGCCGCUUCUCGUCGAAGUGGCGGUCCAGCCUGCUGACGCACAAGCUCCUGCACAAGGCAUCCGACGAGCUCGACAUGUUCGAAUGCCACAAUUGCGGCUACCGCACCAAGUACAAGAAGCACCUGCGCAGGCACAUGAAGUUGCACCGCGUGGAAAUGUUCUACUGUCCUUUGUGCCCGUACAAAACGAAGAAGAGCGAGCGGUUGAAGGCGCACAAGUGCAAACCGGACGACGGGAAGGUCGACUCGAAAUUUGAGAGGAAAUACGAGCUGGAAGAGGGAAAUGGCGAGGCGAAGGUGAAGGAAAAGGCGGAGGAGUACCAGCCGGAUCCGGUUUACGAGCUGUUUACUAAGAUCGUGCAAGUGGAUAAGUGGUACUAUACGUGCAACGUUUGCCAGUACCAGACUGUUAAAAUUUACAGGAUUAAGGAUCACGUGAUGAGGCAUCGGAAGGAGCGGAACCAAAAGUGCCACAUCUGCGAUUAUACGGCUAAAUAUAAGAGAACCGUAAGGGAGCAUAUUAAAAAUCGCCAUUAAAUGUUUAAAUAAUAUGAGCAAUAUUUCAAUAAAACUGUUAUUAGAUACCUGUGAGAAAUUUGAAAUUGACAGGACGCCAUUAUCUUCAAAUGUCA